AUGAGUGGAGGGUUUCGGGAUUUGGGUCUCUGUAAUUCCCUUGUAAAGUGCUGUAAUGCCAUUGGUUGGACGAAGCCACUACCCAUACAAAUAUCUGCUAUUCCUCCUUCUCUGAAAGGCAAUGAUAUCAUCGGAACUUCAGAAACCGGGUCAGGGAAAACCGCCGCUUUUCUGUUACCCAUUUUACAGAAUUGGCUCAAUGCUGGCAAACCAACUGGCUACGCUCUCAUUUUAGCACCCACUAGAGAACUAGCUUGUCAGAUAUCAGAGACGGCGAAACUAUUGAUGGAAAACUUUGUUGAUGAAGAUGCAGACGCAAGCGGACCCCAAAAUCCUCUCAAUGUAUUUCUAUUAGUUGGUGGUGAAAACUCGGCAGAUCAAGCAAUAACCCUUGCUUGGUGUCGCCACCAUAUCAUUGUUGCGACUCCUGGGCGCCUAGCGGAGCACAUGAAGCAGUCUCCUGAUUUCGCACGACAUCACCUUUCCACAAUCAAACAAAUCGUCCUCGACGAAGCUGACAGAAUGCUCAGUUUGGAGUUCGCUGAUGAUCUCGAUGCCCUCUUGAAUGUCUUUGAAAGGCCUAAAGCUCCUCUAGUCCCAACCAAACACCCAAACAGGGCCAAAAAGCAGACGUUUCUGGAGAAACGUGCAAACGAAGUUGCUCCAACUACAGUCGCAAAACAAAGCGCCAGUCUCGCCAAAGGCGCAAAAUUUGCCCACCCACAGACGUACCUUUUCACGGCGACAAUGAGCAAAGAUGUGACUAAGCUCCGUCGAAUUGCACUUCGAAGGGACGCAGUCAUUUGCACAGCAGCAAGAGCAUUGCAGGAUGAAAAGGCCGAUUUGAAAGUUGAGUUGAAGGUGGAUCUGCCUGCUGGCCUGCGGUACUUUUGUCUUCCCACUCGUCGCGCCGACAAAUUGGCCACUCUCGAUUGGCUAAUACAGCAGUCAUUCGAAUUGGCCACCGAGAAAGACUUUAAAAUAAUUGUGUUCUGUGCCCGUUGCCACGAAACGCGGUACUUAGCUGGCUUUCUGGUGGAACGCAGCUACAAGGCGGUCGGUCUUAUGGGUCGCAUGAAACAAGUGGAAAGAAAACGUGUUCUGGCCGACUUCGUGUCAGGCAAGGCGAAUGUUUUGGUCGCUACAGACGUAGCUAGCCGCGGAUUGGAUUUGCCGUUCGUCUCCAUGGUGAUAAACUACGGUGUCCCUCUGACCUCGAAGGUCUAUCUCCACCGGGUUGGGCGAACUGCUCGUGCUGGUCGCUCGGGCACGGCCGUCACCAUAGUAACGCGUGACGACGGCAAAGCCUACCUCGAAUUGGAAUCGGCUCUGCUUCCUGUGAAGCCGCGGGAACCUCGACGCUGCAUCCCUCGUUGGCCACACCCGCUGCCCCCCGAGAACCCGACAAGGAAGGGCGAGGUGUGCAUGAGCACGCGCCGGCGUCUGGCCGACGAGGCCUGGUCUCGAGCCGCCAAGGUCCUUCGAGAGGCCGAAGCUCGCCGGUUAGAGGAGAAGCGAGCUCAUGGCUUCUCUUCCUCUGACGAAGACGAUGACCUUCUCCUGAACAACGGUGACCUCGACCUCGUUGACCAGCCGGAUUUGACCAAUCAGCAUUGGGCCAGUGGGGCUGCGGGGAUAGAGGCUGCGCGGCGUGCGUACGCAGAGGAUGCGGCUAGGCGAAAACGCUCGCGUAUCAUAGCGGAGGAGCAGGAAGGUGAGGACGGCGAAGACAGCGAUGGUGCCGAGGACGACCGAGGCAACCUCCAUUUCCAGCAGCCAAUUAAGGAGAAACGCGCUGCGAUCUCGGCAGCAAAGAAGAAAAAGAAGGCGGCAGCUGGUGGGCGAAAGACCAAAUCCCGCGACGCCUUUGUUUAA